CUGUCCUUCCACUCACGGCCCUGUUCUCGCGCUGCCCUCAGCCACUGCAUACAGCAGAUCCUGGAGAGUGUCCAUCACUGCCACGUUAAUGGGAUUGUUCACAGAGAUCUGAAGCCUGAGAACCUUCUAUUGGCCAGUAAGCUGAAGGGGGCGGCGGUCAAGUUGGCUGACUUUGGGCUGGCUAUCGAAGUACAGGGGGACCAACAGGCAUGGUUUGGUUUUGCCGGCACUCCGGGGUACUUGUCUCCGGAAGUUCUGAGGAAAGACCCAUAUGGGAAACCAGUGGACAUGUGGGCCUGUGGGGUGAUUUUGUACAUCCUGUUGGUGGGCUACCCUCCCUUCUGGGAUGAAGAUCAACAUCGGCUCUACCAACAAAUCAAGGCUGGGGCCUACGAUUUCCCAUCCCCUGAGUGGGACACUGUCACCCCCGAGGCCAAAGAUCUGAUUAACAAGAUGCUAACAAUCAACCCCAGUAAACGCAUCACUGCCGCGGAGGCCCUCAAACAUCCCUGGAUCUGCCAACGGUCCACUGUGGCCUCCAUGAUGCACAGGCAGGAGACUGUGGAGUGCCUGAAGAAAUUCAACGCCAGGAGGAAACUCAAGGGAGCAAUAUUGACCACUUUGCUGGUCACCAGAAACUUCUCAGCAGCCAAGAGUUUGCUCAACAAGAAGGCAGACGGCGUUAAGGAACCGCAAACAACAGUGAUUCACAACCCCGUGGAUGGAAACAAGGAGUCCGUUGAGAGUGCCAACACCACCAUCGAGGAUGAGGAUGUCAAAGCCCUUGGUCUGGGCAGCUUAGUGAGCGGUAUGUUGAGCUCUAAGAGUCGUUCCUCACAGAUGUCUGACUCAAGACAGACUCCCACCUCCACAGUUCAGACCUGCACCAAUAACAAUAAAGCUCGCAAACAGGAAAUUAUUAAAGUCACUGAGCAGCUGAUCGAGUCUAUCAACAAUGGAGACUUUGAGGCCUAUGCGAAGAUUUGUGAUCCUGGACUGACUUCCUUUGAGCCCGAGGCCCUUGGAAAUCUGGUGGAAGGACAUGACUUCCAUCGCUUUUACUUUGAGAAUGCACUGUCCAAAGGGAAUAAGCCAGUCCACACCAUCCUGUUGAACCCACACGUGCACCUUAUUGGGGAAAACGCAGCGUGUAUUGCUUAUAUUCGGCUCACCCAGUACAUGGAUGGUGGCGGAAUGCCCCGCACCAUGCAGUCCGAAGAGACCCGCGUGUGGCACCGUCGUGAUGGAAAGUGGCAGAACAUUCACUUCCAUCGCUCAGGCUCCCCCAGCAUUCCAUCCCAGUAA